AUGUUGGAAUCACGUUUCCUUGCUCAUCAAUUAGAUGAAGUUCAUUACACUGGACUUGCUGAACAGAAUGUUGGAGGCCCUAUAGAUGUGUCAAAUUCAUGGCAGCAACAGGCAUAUCUGCAAACUGAAAAGAGAAUUCAUGACAUACACAAAGCUCUUGCUCAACUAUUCACUGCAGUGAACACUGAUAUCAAGAAUAGAAUGAUGGAGGAUGUCAAUCACACUCCUUCUAUAGAGUUGGACCCAGUUUUGCAUACUGAAGAAUGUAAAGGCAUUCCAAUUCCAAAACACCAAACUGAGGGUUACGAAGGGAUUCCAAUCUCAGGUUACCAAUCUUUGGCUGAUGAAUUAACAUCAUCCAAGUGCUUCUUGAUUGAAGAUCCACAAGUUCUUAAGAAGGCCUCACCAGUUGAUUUAUGCAAUGAAAUGUCACUAAACUCAAAUAAACAGAGCUAUUUGUUGCUCAAGAUUCCCUACAUUUUGCUCAUGGCUUUGAGUGGGUUAAUUUUGGUGGUUGUGAUAUGGAGGCUAAGCAUUGAGGAAAAUGAGGAGAUUUACAUCAGCAACUUACACAAUUUGCUGGUGAACUUUCCUGGCUUUUCUGGGCUUUUUGGCUGGUUCGACCAGUCCACCCCCUCGCAAGUUCACCAGCUCCUUCACAUAUCGCAACCACACGCCAGCCAAUGA